CGGCCCGGCCCAUAUUCGUAGUGCUGCAGGUGGGCCCACUCGAGUCGGGAACGAAUCGACUCCGGACGGAGACGGGCACGACGAUGGCUCCGGGGAAGCGAGGUAAGGCCAAAGGGGAGGCGGCGGCGACGGCGAAGGCCGCCACAGCCGCGAAGGCCGCCACAGCCGCGAACGCCGGCGGAGGAGGGUUCCCGGGCUGUCUUCGCCUGAUGCCGCCGUCCACCGUCGCCAUCUCGAUCCACGCCAAGCCUGGCUCCAAGGUCGCCAACAUCACAGAGAUCGGGGAGGAGGCGGUCGGCGUGCAGAUCGACGCGCCGGCGAGGGAUGGCGAGGCCAACGCCGCGCUUGUCGACUUUAUCAGCUCGGUACUUGGGGUGAAGAAAAGAGAAGUAUCUAUUGGCUCUGGUUCUAAAUCAAGGGAGAAGGUUAUACUAGUACAAGAUACGACUCUUCAAGGUGUCUACGAUGCUUUGAAGAAGUCCUGUAAUUGUGCAUGAUGUAUGUAUGCUAAAACUGAAGUUACUUAAAUGAGCAUCAGCUAAAUUAGCGGCCAUUGUAAUACAUAUUUGCCGUGUCAGUGCACUUCCUGGUUCCUAGUGAUCA